CCAACUUACUAAUCAGUCAGAAACACAUAGUGCUGAAGGAAGAAGCUGGUAGCGGAAGGGGUACAGGAGGACUAAUGGGCUGGGAGCUACCGGCAGGGAGAAGAGGGGGCCAAGUUAGAAAAGAACUCACCAUGUUCACAGUUCUGUUGCUAGCUGAUCCACGAGAAAAUACAAAGUGAAGGGCAAAGAUGAACCCCAUUUGGAAGUCCUUUGGUUUGAUGCUGUUGACCAUCCUGAUUAGCUUCCUAAUACCUGAAUCUAAAAACACACGAACUAUGGCUGCUCAGGCUCCAUCAAGCAACACUUCAACUACACAGAUGUCUCAACAAAUCAGCACCAAAGAGACCUACAAUAUGUCUGCACAGGUGGAUACCAAGACUGUCCUCUCCUGCUAUAUUCACCAAAUAAAACACCUAGUAAUGUUAAACUGGCAAAUACUCCUUAGGGACACAGUUCCCUGUAUCAUUGCUUAUAGAAAAGACACGAAUGAAACCAAGGAAACAAACUGCUCUGGUGAAGGAAUAAACUGGGAAUCCAGAGCUGACUGGGACCAUGAGCUUCGGAUAAACCCAGUGACUAUCGCGAAUGAUGGAGAUUACAAAUGUGAAUUUGUAACGCCUGAAGGGAAUUUCGAACGUUUUUAUCACCUCAGUGUGGUGGUUCCUCCUCUAGUAAACCUGUCUAACGAAGGGGAUGAGUCUGCUGUGUGCAAGGCUGCUGCUGGGAAGCCCGCUGCCCGGAUCACGUGGGUUCCAGAAGGAGUCUGCGUUACGAGCAAUGAAACUCAUGAUAACAGGACCGUGACUGUGACGAGCAGCUGUAGCUGGAAAAGCUUCAACGGGUCUCGGGCCACCUGCUUCAUUUCCCAUUUGACUGGGAAUAGCAAUUUGUCCAUAGAGUAUCAUGGUUUGCCAAAACCUCAAAAUCCAACCCUCCGUAUAAUUAUUACUGCUGUUUUCAUGGGCGUUCUGGCCAUUGUGGGAUUGGCUGUUCUUUAUAAGAAAUCCAAUGACUGCAGGAAUUGUAAAUCCUCCAAGCCAGAAGCUACUCCAUGUGUUGGAGAGGAUGAAGUGGAGCCAUAUGCCAGCUACACAGAGAAGAACAAUCCACUUUAUGAUACUAGGACUGAGGUGAAGAUUUCUAAAGCUUCACAAAGUGAAGACUUUGGGUUGGCGUUCCAGGGGGGACUCACCAGAUAGGACAGAUUAAUUGAGGUGCAAUUGAAUCCUGCUGCUGCUUGUGAUCUGGGAUUUCUGGGAAACAAUAUACUUCUGAAGCCUCCCAACGUCAGAGAUUCUGGAAAUGAGAGACAUGCUCCCUGAUAGUCAUCAGAAGUGAGAUUUUGGGAAACUUAACAGCUACCAGUUGGUGCUCUGAUGAACUGAUGGACUAUAGAGACAUUCCAGUAUUCAUCACUUCCUUACUCCCUUUCACUUAACUAACCUAAUUCAUAUACUUAAAUAAUAUAAUAAAAUACUGAACCUUUUAUUUAAUCAUU